CCAUGUGUGUAUUGUUUAAACUGCUCAAAAUCUGACCGAGUUUCAAGCCCUGUUAAACCUCUACCAAACUCCGGCUAUGGCGGCUGCCGUGUCUCCGAGUACAACCUCUGGCACGGAGGAAGGCGCAGACAGCGAAUCCACAUUUGUCUCUCGACCAUUUAGCGCAAAUCACGACCUCGCCACGGACAAAGAAAACUUUAUGGCCGGUGACCGUCACCGUUACCCCGAAUUCGCUUCGGUGGAAGAAGACGCCACAUCGGGCCCAGAAUGUCAACGAAAGGUCGACGAAGAUUUGAUACCACUGAGCCCUGAAGAUAUUGAGAGCCGCUUGGAGAGAACACGUCGGGAGUUUUACAACCGUAGAAAAAUAAUAAUAAAAAAUUUACCUCCGGAUGUCACUAAUCAGGAGGUCCAUGAGCUGUUGGGAAACUAUGAUUUAAAGUACUGCUUUGUUGACAAAUACAAGGGCACAGCAUUUGUGACGCUGCUCAAUGGCGAACAGGCCCAGUGCGCCAUCAAAGAGUUCCACCAGAUUACGCUGCGGGACAGGGAGAUCUCCGUGCAGUUGCAGCCAACCGACGCCCUGCUGUGCAUCGCUAACCUGCCCCAGGCCUUCACCCAGCAGCAGUUUGAGGAGCUGGUGCGACCUUUUGGUAACCUCGAGCGCUGCUUCCUGGUGUACAGCGCCUCUACUGGUCACUCGAAGGGCUACGGCUUCGUGGAGUAUAUGAAGAAGGACUCAGCAGCCCGUGCGAAGUCGGAGCUGCUGGGGAAGCAGCUGGGCUCCCGCAUGCUCUACGUCCACUGGACCGAAGUGGGCUCACUCACCUACCCGCAGCUGCACUCCAAGUGUCUGUGUGUGGACCGCCUGCCCCCGAACCUCCUGACUGCCCAGGACCUCCGAAACGCUUUGGCAGAUACCCAUUCUCCGGUUUUCUGCCAGUUGGCUCAGGGGCAAGACGGGAGUUUCCGGCGUUUCGCCGUGCUGGAGUUUGCCACUGCGGAGAUGACUGAGGAGGCGCAGCGACUCGGAGAUGGCCGGCUGCUGGGCGGGACGCACAUCAGGGUGUCCUUCUGUGCCCCCGGCCCUCCUGGAAGAAGCAUGCUGGCUGCACUGAUCGCUGCCCAGACAAUGGCUGUAAACAGGGGUAAAGGUCUCCUCCCUGACCCCACAGUCUUGCAGCUUUUCACUGGUUUUAAUAACCCUGCUGCUCUCAAGAUGCUGCUCAACACUUUGGCACAGGGACACAAACAGGGUCUCCUCGGAGCGGCUCCUGCCAUCCCGCUGCUGCCCAACCCCGCCCUGUCAGCGGUCCUGCUACAGCUGCUCCUUCAGAACCAAGCUAAGGCCCAGCAGCAAGCCUUUCUGGGAAAUCAUCUUCUCUGGGCUCAGGUGCUGCACAGUAAAGAGACAAAAAAAAAUCCCUGUUGUGCAGGACUCAUCGGGGACAAUCCUCUGGCUGCUCUGCCCGUCCAGCAGGGAGUCCAUCUGCUUGGAGAGCUCCCUCAAGGCGGCGUGGUCCCAGGUCUGGCUCUGCAGGCAGAGGCUGUGCCUUCUCUGAAGCCAGGGUCUCUUGGCAGAGGCCUAAUGAGGGAGCAGGAUUCCCCCACAUCAGUGUGUGGCUUCUCACAGACUACCUCUCCCUCCCUGCCAGGCAUUUCCUUACCCCUGAUGAGUGGCAUGAUUGGGGCAGAUGGUCUCACAGCACAAGGAGUAUCGAUGCUAGGGGAUCUUCCUAAAGAGAUGAACCUUCCUCAGAGCACCUUUCUCAACCCCAAUGUUUAUCCUUCAGCGAGCUGCAGGCCUCACCCCUACAGGAAGCGGCCAACACUAAGCAACGUGUCUAACCAGCACACGCAUCACAACAUGGAGCCCAACUAUAACCUGCGUUACCAGGACUCUUACAGCCCAGAGUAUCCUCCUCCUCUACAGCAGGAUACCCUGGCCUACUUGUACGAACAGCAGGAGAACCUCGAUGUUGGAGCCUUGGCAGGAUUUGGUCAGCAGUUUUCCCGUCAACCCGACUACAGUGAGCAGUUUUCGCACUAUGCUUGUCCAAGCAGCCCACCCCUCUCCUCGUACUUCAGCUCAGGACCAGAAGCCAGCAGCAAUGGCAGCCUGCCUGCCAGGCACCUCAACAAGGCUGUGGGAAUGCCUCCAGGAAGCCACAGUGCCCCCUACCCUCCAGGCCUGGGGAAUGUUAUGAAGACACCAGUGAGUAGCCAGAAGCGCGUUUUUUCUCGCCUGAUCCCGUCUCCGGAGCCGAGCCCAGAGGGAGGCUACGUGGGCCAGCAUUCCCAGGGCCUCGGUGGCCAUUACGCGGACUCCUAUCUGAAGAGAAAGCGUAUAUUCUGAGUUUGUACGUUGAGCCAUUUUUGCAUUUGGAACAAAGCAGCAUCUCCUUGUAAAGGAUGCAAAGCCCCCUCACUCUGCGUCGUCCUUGGAUCCGUUUGCUCCUCGGAGUGACCCCCGGAGGGCGCUGGCGAGCGCAGCUUGUUGUCUGGACAGUGGGGACUCUGUAUGGUGUGUGUGGGUUUUUUUGUUCUUCUCUGCUCCAUGUAAGUGUGUUCUUUUAUUUACCAUUUUGUAAAUUAACUUUUAAAUUCUUUUAUUUUGUGUAUAACUUGUACAGUGAGGGGAACAAAAUAAGAAGCAAAUUUUUUUUAUUUUUUUUGUGUUCUUGCAUGAAGUGUGAUGUGCUAGUAGCUACAGAUUGUUUUGGCCAGUUUACAGCACUGCUUCUUGAAUAUUUGGCUGCUAUACUGUUCACACUUUCCAAAGGGACAUGCAAAGUAUUAAAAAAUGAGCUAUACCUCAGGCUUUUUUAAAAAUUGCCUUUAAAAAAUUUAAAAAGUUCAAUAUUUUUUCCUUCUACUACAUGGUUUUGUAUUUUACUGUAAAACUGGUUCCAGGCAGGUUUCUCUUUGCUCAACAUGCAUCUUUCCAUCCACCGAUGAUGAGUUGUGUGCGUCUGAUGUAUUAUGAAACAGCUGUGCAAGUCUGGGGAUGUUUCUCUUUUUUUUUUUUCUUUUUUUUUCUGAGGUCUCUCACAUUGUUCUAGUUUCCAGAAUCUGUUUUCAGCACUACUUGUCCACCUGGGAGGGCACAGGUCACCGUCGUAACCUUUUCUCACUUCGAAACGAUAGUUUCUUACUUAUUUCUCCACAAAUCAUUAGUUUUCUUUGGGCUUGGGCGGGAUUUUGUGUUUUAUUUUUUUACUUGUUGGUAUAGUUUAAUGACUGGGCCAACUGUAGAUGGAAACGUCAUCAUCAGGUUGGACAACAUGUCUUGAGCUUUAAAUAUCAGAGGCAGCCUGUGUUUGUUUUCAUUCAGUCGGGGGACAUGAGAAUAGAAACUAAUCACUGAUUAGUCUAAAACAUAACUGUCUUUUUAUUAAAGUAAUUUAUGGUUGACAGUUUGAUUGUGAAAACCCAUUACCUCUUACUUCUGCUAUAAAUGCAGCUAUACUUGAGCCUUAAUGUUUUCUGUAGAAAUCAUCCUACCUGUUGGCUUCCAUCUACAUUUUCUAUUUCUGUUAUUUGCUGUGUAAAUAGUUGAAGCUUGAUUUCUUUUUAGAGUCCUGAAUGUAAUUUCUUUAUUCCUACCUGUGGUCAGGUGCUUUUUUUUUCUUUUAAUUUAAUUUAAUUUUAUUUUUGAAUUAAUUUUCCUGCUUUGUAUUUCGGUUGUCGUGCUCCUGGUACGUUUGGAAAAAGUGACGUUUUGAAGAGUGGCACCACAGUAGACUGUUGUGUAUGGACCAAGAGAUGCAGCUUUUACUGUGUUCAUCAGCUGAUUUUACAAAUUAUUUGGUUCCACUGCUGUGUCCUCAUCUGUACCACCAUGAUUGCCUUUGUAUGUUAGUGUGACAUGCGCAAGUAAAUGUUGUUUAAAUCAA